AUGAAGUACACGAGUAUUCUGCCCCCUACGAAUCGGCGAGAGGAGCUGAAGAUUCGAAGGCGCCAGGCCCAGCCUAGCGACAGACGCCGAUCCCCUAGAAACCUGAACUGCAGGAUCCCGGGGAGGCGGCCCCGGAGCUCCGAGGACUCGUCCCGUAUCGCGCAGUCCUGCCGUCCCCGCAUCGCGCCGCCCCGCCACGGCUUGCCUCAGCCGUCGUCGGAACCCGUCACAGCGUGCAGGAUCGAGCGCUCCGCCCCCUCGCCCUCUGCCAGGCCCCGGGAGCGCUGUCCGUCGGUCGAGGUCAUGGGCAGCCGGCCCCGCAGCCCCAGUGCCUACCCUGCGGACUGGUGGGGACCGCAGGCCGAAGGACCCGGCCCCGCCAAGCGCCGCCGCACGGAGGAGCCCGAGGGCCCCGAGUCCGAGUCCGAGGCGACGCCCAGCCUGGACAACCUGACGCAACCUCCGACCGCGGACGCGCUCACUUCCGUAGUGGUCCUGCCCGCCGGCUGUGGCCUGCACCUGUCCCUAGACGACGUCGACGUGCUCCUUGAGCCCGAGCCCACGUCCGUGCUGCAAGUGUCUCUCGGAGAUCACAUCCUCAUGCUGGUCCCCGAGGCCCUCCUGGGCUCGGGUGUGGAAGGCCCGUGGGGACAGGGCCUGGGACGGGGCGCUUUCCUGAGCCCUCCCGGGGAGUACAUGGCCCUGGCGCCGGGAUUCUUCUGCGCAGCUGUCCCAGAGAUCGCCUGCCAAGAAGAGGCCAACAAGGAGGAAGCAGACGCCGAGUUCCUGCCGCCUGGGAUGGAUGCUGAGGCCGGCUCCGUCGCUGGGCUCCGCAGCCCCACCGCAGGGGUGUCGGGCCCCAGCGCGCAGGGCUUUGUCCCAGAGCCCUGGCCUCGGGCGCCCACCCCUAGUCCAGAGAAAGGCUCUCCUCACCACGACGACAACCUGGGCUUCCACCUUCUGGAGCCCUUCCCCGACUCACCACUCCAACCUCUACCUCCCUCUCCGAGUCCUCCGGGUCCUCACGAGCGCCCCCAACACCCCCAUGGUCCUAAGCGCAAGGCCCAGAGAUGUCUGUUCCCGGAAUGA